CUGAAAACGGAAUCAAGCAGAAGGUAAUGGACAGUUCUUCGGGUGAGACCGCGAUCAUUUGAGGGCGGGAGAAGUUUUUCAAGAUUCCACUUGUGGCCACUGGGGAAGACCAGGGGUCCCCUGGGACCUCCUGGAAGAAGAAAUUUAAAUGGAAGUCGGUUCGUAGUGAAAGAAAGAACUGCAUUGAUUCUCAGAAGAAAGAAAAUCUUCACGAUGAAAAUAUGAAGCUAAAGAGGACAAUAGAAGAACAAGAGCAAGAAAUUGCGAGGCUUAAACUGUCAAUAUCAUCACAAGCAAAAAACUUCAAGUACCCCUAUUCAGCUCCAGCAAGGAUGCAGCACGAAGAAUUGCAGGUGGUUGCAGAAGCUUUAGGAAGUUUGAGGCGAUGUUUUCCUGCAAAUGAUUCUCGCCAACACACAUUAGAUACAGUAGAACAAUCGCUAGCAGCACUUCUGGAGAGAAUAAACGCCUUAGAAAUGUCCCCGCCCUCAGCUUUGGUGUCAAGUCCAACUUUGAGAAAGUCAUUAUAUGAAAGAGACGCUACUUCUAUCACAGCACACGUCCAAGACGAAACGUCAGAGAAGCAACUGGUUAACAGUAAUAGCACCAAAGUUGUGUACUACAUGGACAAAUCUCUAACCCCAUUUCGGUGCAUAAUGCAUAAAAGGAUUGGAGAAGCAACUCUUCGAGACUUUAAAAUUUUAUUUGACCGGCCAGGUCAGUACAGGUACCACUUUAAAACUCUGGAUCCCGAAUUUGGGAUGGUCAAAGAAGAGGUAUUGCAUGAUGAUGACAUUUUGCCUGGUUGGGAUUCAAAAAUUGUAGCAUGGAUAGAAGAAGAUUGUAGUUGAUACUUAAACAAAUAUAGAUGUUAUUCUAUGUUUUAUUAAAUUAUAUUUGUUUUGAAUAUGUACAGAUUUUUUGAAAGUAUUUUUAAACAAAUAAAUUUAUAAACAUCGUAA